AUGGCUUUAAAAAAGUAAAGAUGAGUUUCUUAUUUGGAAGCCAACCUAACUUUGACAAUUAAGAGCUCAAGAUUUACUGGUGAAACAGAGAGUUUGAAGAUGUUACAGAGGCAUUCAAGUCAAGAUAUCCCUGGAUCAGGAGGUAAAGUAGACUCUCCUACUGUCACCAUCAAGUGCUCCCGCCUUGAAGAACUUUCUACAUCUUCCUUCCACGAUAGUGGCCAUCAUGAGUUGUUAAAAUCAUACAGUUUUAAUAAUACAUUAUUUAUUGAAAAGAAAGAAGAAGACCCAACCUUAAUCCAUGAGCAACUCAAAACUUCAAUCCUAGGCUUAACAAAUCCCUUUGAAUCUCCCACUCAAAGAAAGAAAUUUGUCUUCCCUAAGAAGGAAAAGGAUACAACUCCAGAACUUUGUGAGACUCCUAAAGUCAGUGGGAAAAAAUGUUUACUCCGGAGAAGAUUGGAUGUAUCUUUCUCUCUUCUAAAGGGGAAAUUUGGAUCACAAAACAGUUCUGUAGAAAGUAGUGUAAGUCAAGGUCUCAACUUAGAAAGAUAUAUUCCCAGCAGUGAUUUUAGUUUUCCAAGGCAAAGUAAUUUUAGCCCAUUAGUCACUAGCACUAUAAAGACAGAAGAAGUGACUUCUAGCAGUCAGAAUUUAAGACUAAAUUUUUCUCAGCAUAAGACUUCCACAAUUGAUGGUUCCAAAGAUGAUUGUGGCCUAUUUGAAGCUGAGUGUAUAUCUCCCAUUCAGGGCAAUGAUUUUAAAGAUUCUAUCACACAUGACUUUAGUGAUAGCAGUCUAAGUGUUAAUGAUGAAAAUGUGCAUCCUGAACUUCUGAGCUCCUCUGGUGGUAAAACAACUUUUGAGACAGAUGGGAACAUAUUUGUGACUCCGGUAAAUAAUCUUGCAAAAAACAUUAACUUUAAUGCAAGUCAGACUGAAGCAAGGAACAAUAUUUCAACACCUGAAGACAGUGGUUUUAAUUCACUUAGUUUGGAUAAGUCAGAAGAUUCCCUGUCUGACCAGGAGGGCUCGUUUCAAGAACUACUUCAGAGGCAUAAGGGAACUCUUAAAUUAGGGGACACUAUAAGAAAAUCAAGAUGUCUUGGGAGAUCAAGAAGACUAUCUACUCUCCGGGAGCAAGGAUCCCAGUCAGAGACAGAAGAGGAAAAGCAGGUCAUCCACUCCACAUCUGAAGCGAGACCUGUGGCUGCUUCAAACACCUCAGAGCAUCAGCUGAGCAAUGACAAUAAGAGUGGGGAUUUGACUUUCACCUUUAAGAAUCUGUCAAAUACUCCAGCCUUGCAAUUAGUGCAAGAGCUCUUUAUGAAAAGCAAAAGGAAAAGAUUUCAGCAAGUGGAUGACUGUGGAUUCUUAGAAGAAAGGAAUGAGGGGAAGAUAGCUGUAUUGCAAUGUGUUCUUGCAGGACUAAUUGGCAAGAAGAUGGGUAUAGAACAAUUGGAUAUCUUAACUGAAUUGAAAUAUAGAAACCUAAAGCAUGUUCUUUCUAUGGUUUUAGAUUCCUUGACUCCAGAGAGCUUAUACAGUGUUUGGAGAGUCAGCAGAAAUUGGCGUGAAAUUGUUGCUCAAGAUAAAAAAGCAAAUCGAAGGAGGAAAAUUUAUAUCACACAACUGAAAGCAAAUUCGGAGGAGGCUGUGUUAAGUGUUGAGGAUGCUGCCACUCGACUCCAUCUUCUAAAUCGCUCAGCUUUAAGAUCAGUGCAGGCACAGGCUCAGACACCCAGUACUCAGAAAGAGCAAGUUCCAAUUCUGUCUCCUUGGGGAGAAAUUUUGACGCCUAUAGCAAGCUCUUCAGUUACUCCCUUAAAUAGUAAACAGGAAGAGUAUUUUAAGGUUGCCAAAACACUUUUUACUGAUGAAGCAUUAAAGCCUUGCCCAAGGUGCCAAUCCCCUGCUAAGUACCAGCCAUAUAAGAAAAGGGGACUGUGUAGCCGCACAGCCUGUGGUUUUGACUUUUGCGUGUUGUGUCUAUGUGCUUAUCAUGGGUCUGAAGAAUGUAGUAGAGGAACAGCAAAGCCAAGAAAUAGAAAAGAUGCUCUCCCAGGAAGUGCCCAGAGUAAACGGAACUUAAAACGCCUCUAA